UCUCUUCUCUUCUCUUUUUCACGUCCUUCUCCACUUUUUUGCUUCAUUCGGUUGGUUAUCCAAAAAUGGCUGCUAAAAGGCUUUUCAGUGAAUCUGGUUCCGAUCCAGACGAGCCCAAUGAUAAACGGAUGAGAACUAGACCUUCCUUUGCCGCUGUGAUUGGGGAAGUGAUCAUGGGGAAUUACUUACAGAAUCUCUGCUCAGCCUUGGAACCUGUCCUUAGAAAAGUGGUGCAUGAGGAAGUAGAGCAUGGCAUACGACACCGUCUCCCAUUCUUCACUCGGUCUCCAUCACUGCGGAUCCAAUUAGCACCCGAACCCUCCACCCUUCAACUAACUUUCCGCAACAAACUUUCUCUGCCCAUCUUCACCGGAACGAAGAUCUCCGAUGCCGAAAACAACUCCCUCCAAAUACUCCUGGUGGACGCAAGAACCGGCCCCAUGGUUCCGUUUUCUCUCCCCAACCCAAUCAAAGUCGACAUCGUUGUUCUUGACGGCGACUUCCCUCCGGGGGACUGUGACAGUUGGACCAGCGAAGAGUUUGAGAGUAACAUGGUGAGGGAGAGGACUGGGAAGCGCCCCCUGCUCACCGGAGAGUUGAUGGUGACGCUGAGGGACGGGGUUGCAUCGGUCGGAGACCUUGAGUUCACGGAUAAUUCGAGCUGGAUUCGGAGUCGGAAGUUCAGAAUCGGAGCGAAAGUAGCACAAGGGAGCUUCCCCGGCGUUCGCGUUCGCGAAGCCAUGACCGAAGCUUUUGUUGUCAAGGACCACCGUGGGGAAUUGUACAAGAAACAUCAUCCCCCAAUGCUGGAAGAUGAGGUAUGGCGUCUGGAGAAAAUUGGCAAGGAUGGAGCAUUCCAUAAGAAACUGUCUUCUCAAGGCAUCAAAACGGUGCAAGACUUCUUGAAACUAUCAGUUGUUGAUCCAGCAAAACUUAAAAGAAUUUUAGGCAACGGGAUGUCUGAAAAGAUGUGGGAAGUAACGAUAAAGCAUGCAAGAAAAUGUGUUAUGGGAAACAAGUUCUACAUUUUCCGUGGAUCAAAUUACACUAUAAUCUUAAAUCCCAUAUGCCAACUGAUUAGGGCAGUGAUUAAUGGUUACAUGUAUCCCUUUCGCGAUAAAACAAAUAUCAAUAGGUCGUAUGUUGAAAGUUUGGUAAGACUAGCAUAUGCAAAUUGGCAUAGUUUAGAAGAGGUUGAAGGAGCUUUGAAUGAGACAGCCUUGCUAACACAAGGUGAGCAAAUGGUGGAUCAGUAUCCCAACAAUCAACAGCUGAUGGUGAGGUCAUUUCAGCAAAAUGGGUACUCAGCUCAGAAAUCCAUGGUGGACGGGUGCAUGACAAGUAGUGUAGAUGCAGGAAGAAGUGAUUGGCAAAUGAUAAGUUCACCAUAUUUCAACUCACCAAUUGAAAACAGCAUUCAAUGUAGCAUGAUGGAAUCUUCAUCGGAAGACGAUCUAACAUCUUCGAGGACAUUCAUCAAUGGGAGUAGUUGAUGGUGAAUUAUGGAUCAAUAUGAUCUAUCUUGGUGUAUAUACAAGUGUAACCAGGGUCUGCUUAGGAUGUUAAAUUUUGGUUAUUGUUGUGUUUUUAUUUAGCUAGGAUAAAGUAACUUCAAAAGUAAUGCCCUUCCUUAAGGGUUUUUUUUGUUGUAUUUUUAGUUGCCCAAUGGGAUGUGACUCAAACUCACAUGCUUUACUUAGAGUGGAGAUUACCACUAGCUGUUUAAGUCGUUCGCACUUAAGGUUUAUAUAAAUCGGUAAAACAAGGAUUAGAAUGUAAGGGCAAUCUGAUUUUUGGUAGUCCAAGACAAUGGGUUGUUGAAGAUUAGAAACUCCUAAUGCUAUGCACACCAGUUAUUCGAUGAAUAACCUGAAUGGGCCUGCUGGUUUUUGGAUUGAUGAAAGAUACAGUGUAAGCCUGCAAAAUGUAUUAAGUUACUGGACUAUUGAGCCUUUUACUCUCUUCAAUAAAAUACUUGCGGAUCA